AUGACGACGGCCCAAACGCAUUCACCGGCCUUCAGCGCUAACGACAAUACGGAUGAAGAAAACCGGCCUUUCUACGCCGUUUGUCUUAAUGGCAUCUGCGACGACGAGAAGUGCCGGAAGUUGAGCGAGUGUGAACAUUGUUUCCACGUCAACUGCGUUGAUGCGUGGCCGCAAAACCACUCUACGUGCCAGCUUUACAGAGCCCAAGUUUCCGAUCACAUUUUCCGGCAAGAGUGUGAGGGUGGGGUUUUGGAUUUGUUUGUUUCGUGGUCUCAGAUCGUCUUUGUAGAGCCCAAGUCUCCGAUCAUGUACUGCUGUGUUUCUUCUUCCAUAUCCUCGCUCAGAUCGUCAAAGGCAUGUCGUCGCUCACUCAAGUCCUCUCCUACCUCAGCUUCCGCAACAACUGCUUCCUCUCCUCUCCGCCUCUGGAGUUCAAGCCGCUAUGGACGGUUGAGCUAUCCGAGUUCCCCAAGCCUGAGGAGGCGUUGCCUCCGCCUCCGCCGCCCUCUGUGGCCGUUUAGCCUCUACCAAUCGCCAAGGGAAGAAUCACCGGUUUCGACGGCGAGCAUCCUCUGCCGAGUGUAUAAAUGUCGGAGGCAAAGUGAAAUUCCUACACUACCUCACAUUUAA